AUGGCAAGUCGAGCUGCAAACAAACGACUCACCCGCGAAUAUCAAGCCAUUUCUCAAAAUCCUCCUCCUUUCAUUGUUGCUCAUCCAUCAGAAGCCAAUAUCCUAGAAUGGCACUACAUACUCACUGGACCUCCUGAUACACCAUAUCAAGAUGGCCAGUACUGGGGGACGCUUAUAUUUCCAUCGAAUUACCCCUUUGCGCCGCCUGCUAUACGAAUGCACACUCCAAGCGGACGUUUCCAGCCCUCCACCCGUCUCUGUCUCUCCAUCUCCGACUUUCAUCCUAAAUCAUUUAAUCCCGCCUGGGAAGUUUCUACUAUUCUAAUUGGCCUACUUUCCUUCAUGACCUCUGAGGAAAUGACCACUGGAUCGGUAGGUGCUACAGAAGCUGAGCGAAAGUGGGCAGCUAGUCGAACACGCUGGUGGAAUAGUACAGGAGGAGGUAGUUUAAAAGAUGGGAAAAUAGUUCAAAAGGGUAAUGUUAAAGCAGGUGAUGGGGGAGCUAAAUUCCGAACAGAGUGGCCUGAUGUAGACCAGGAAAAUUGGAAUUGGUUAAGAGAAAAAAAGAUUGAUCCGCUAACUGGAAAUACCAUCGCCGAUCCAGCUAGCAAGUCUUCAACAUCUGAAAGCACCUCUACAAGCUUACAAAGGUCUGGUAGAAAUCAAGUUGUUGUGGGUGAGGGGCGGGGAUGGGUCGGAAGGAACAAAUUGCUUCUAGCAGGAUGUAUUAUUUUUACCUAUGUCUUGAUAGCAAGACUAUGGAGAGGUAUAACAUGA